GAAAGGCUAACUGUAACAGAAAAUGGCUGAUAAGUGUUGUAUGUGUUUGCUGGGACUGAUCAUUCUCUGUCUGCUUUUCACAGGAAGCAAUAAAGCAGAAGUGACUAAUGUGUUCAGCGGUUCUGGUGAAAAUGUCCGUCUGCCCUGUAAUAAUGCUCUUUCUGACUGUACAUCAACUACUUGGACCUACAGCAAACAAUCAAAUACAGUUGAACUGAUUGCUGGAGGAAAAAAGAAGAAAGACGUAGAGAGACAUGAGAGACUGAGUCUGGGCUCUGACUGCUCUCUAAACAUCCAGAAAAUCACAGAAAAAGAUCGUGGAUUUUACACCUGCCAACAAUAUGUGAAUAGCCCACCAAGUGAUGCACUUGUUUAUCUGUAUGUUCUCUAUGUCUCUUCAUCAUCCUCUCAGUCUGAGAUCAGUCCAGGCAGCUCUGUGACUCUCUUCUGUCAGUUGUUUUAUGAUGGAGUCUCUUGUGAUGCUUUGGUCCGUACUGAAGGAGUUGAGCUGAUCUGGGUGAAUGAGGCCGGUGUGAAUCUUCAGACAGACUCCAGAUAUAAGAUAUCACCAUCAGAACACUGCUACAGCUCUCUGACUACAAGACUCCUGAAUGAAGAUCUCAACAGAGAGUGGAGAUGUCAGGUUACUCAGAGAAAUGAAGUGAAGACCUCAGCCUCAUAUACUGUCAAGUAUUCAGGUUUAAUGGAUUCAACAACACAUAUUCCAGUCAGCAGCUCAAACCCUGAGAAGAUAUCAAGCCAAACAACAGCAAUACAAGUGAUUGUGAUUAUUGUUGAGGUUGCAGUGUUUGCUGCUCCUACUGUGAUUCUUCUUCAGAUCAUCUAUGCAAGAAGAGCUGGAAAGAAGGACUCCAACUACACAGAGGAAACAGAAAUGCCUACAACGUUAGAAUAACAUUACAAUAAUACUCUUUACAACAGGCAAUAUUUAUAUUCGUGUUUAUGGAUAUUAUAAACAUUUGUACACAGCUUCUAAUAAAAUUUUA